GGCGUGACGGUAGCACCGCCCCCGCAAGAUGGCGGCGACCAGCCUGCUGCGCGGGGGGCUGCGGCGGAUCUUCUCCGGGCUCCUGGGGAGCCAUUGGGCCGCGCUGCCGGCCCGAGCCCUUCGCCAGGUCGUGGAGGUGACUGAAGGCAACACGACCACAAUUGAAGGGAGAAUUAUAGAGGAUGCUGAAGCACCACCUCCUCCAAACCCCUCUGGCCAGUGUCCCAUCUGUCGCUGGAACCUGAAACAUAAGUACGAUUAUGUGGAUGUCUUGCUCCUGAGUCAGUUUAUUCGUUCAGAUGGAGGGAUGCUGCCACGAAGGGUCACAGGCCUCUGCUUGGAGGAGCACAAGAAGGUUGCUGUCUGUGUGCAGAUGGCUCACCGUGCAGGUUUGUUGCCAAACCAUAGGCCUCCACUUCCUGAAGGGCAUAUUGCCAAGAAACCCAAACUGAACAGGGCUCCUGUCACACUUCAUCCAAACUACUCAUUUCUGCACUUGGAGUCCAGGAAUUCUUGUUCUUGCUCAGGACCCUACCAUACUCAAGGGGGCAAGCAGAGCCCUGAGGUACCUGACCCGCUGGCCAGUCAGAUCUGCAAAACCCAUUUGGAAGAGGGGCCCUAAGUGGUGCAAAAAGCCUUUUCCAGUUGGACACCCUUUGCUGAAGGAUAAUGUCAAAUAUACACAAAAGCCUCUCUGUUUAAACCACUAGUUGCCAGAACUGGCAUAGUCAGUAAGCACGUUUUCCACAUGUUCUGCUGGGUUUUUUUUCAGGUUUGUCAAUAUCUCAAAUUUUCUUAUUCCAAAAUUGUCCUUAGUACUCUGUAUUGUGUCCAGCUGUGAUCUCUUCCUCUAGGAGAGUACAAGAGCCAUCAAAGCAAAGUUCAGUGUGCAGGAUGAUUUGACGAAAGCAAGGGGCAAAGACUUCUACCUCAAAGGCAGAAGGGAUCUGAAGGCUUUUGUUUCUUUAUGUUCCACAAAUGGGUUUGGGAAAGGAUGUUUCCUUCUUUUCCCAGCAGUGAGUGGUGUUUCGCCAUUAACGCGUGUUUCAACGCAGAUUUACCUCAUUUAUGCUUUUGUACCUGUGACACAGAUGGAAGAAAAAUCUCUCUGCAGCACUGUAUUUUCUCAGCAGUAGCAGAAAUUUUUAAUGACUACUGAAAUUAUUUUUUUAUUAUCUGUACUAUCCAUAAUUUUCAGCAGAACACCUGUGGCAGUGGCAAACAGGUGCCCCCUUAAGAAUUCCUGGCUUGUGCUUCACUCCUGAAUCUGGCAAAUACACAGUGUUGACAUCCUUGAUGACCUGGCCUGGUUUUUUCCCCUUGGCAAAUAAAUUUUUCAUAAAUCUUC